AAGAAGAAGACGUGCUUCGCUCUAUUUUGUUUUGUUUUGUUUUUUUAAAUGUACGUGAUUUGUUUGUUUGUUUACGGAGCGCUUCGUUGACUCCGAUAGCGCGACAGUUAAGCGCUAUGGUGUUUGCUCUCACUAGUCUACGCUUCGAGCGAUAAAGCUUAGCCAGAAGUUAGCAGUAGGUGCUACAGUAGAGCUAGAUAUGAUUUGUUAGCCUAGCUGUAGGCUAGCAUCUGUAUGGCGUGUUUCCGACAUUAACAUUUAGAAAACAUAAAAGUAGAAAAAUUCUGCCGCAUGUGUGCAUUACUGACGUUAUUCGCAACUUGUACUUUUAGAAGUUGCCUGGCGACGACCUAGCUAGUUAGCGUCAUUUAGAAUGGCGUCAGACACAAGUGACACAGAGGAGUUCUAUGAUGCUGCUGAAGACGUGACUUUUACUCCAUCUCCCAAACCGUCACCUGCAAAGUUUGUCAUUCCUUCGCCUAAGCUUCCACAGAAAACAGUUAAUCCAGUACAAGAUGCAAGUUGUGAACUGGCUGCAUCUGAUACUCCACAAGAUGAUCCUCUUCAGAUCAUCGACAGCAUCAUUGAGGAGAGUCAAAAGGGAAGUGUUGGUGAAGUGGCUCAGCUGUUGGAUCAGCUCCAUGUAGAUGUCAGAGCUGAGCAGGAGCUAAAGGAAGAGAAUAAUGGUCACAAAGUUCCUGCAGAGCAGGCAGACUCAGCUGUGGCACCUCUGCUGCUUCAGCAACAAGAGGUACAACAGGAAAGUGGAGAAAGAAAUGGAGCAUGCGCUUUACCUAUCAUUGAGCCUGUGGUUAUCCCAGAGACACAAGAACAUUUUCAGCCCCCUGACAUUACCAGGACCAUACGACAGAGGCAGCUUGAUGGUGCUCUCGGGAUUGCUGAAGGAGAACUGGAACAGAGACCCGCAGAUAUUUUAGACCAGGUCCCUUUUACAGAUGGAUUAGCUGACUCGGACGCAUCUGGACCAACCAAACCACCACGACAAUGUACAGUGGAACCAGACAUUGUAGCCAGCACCAAGAAGCCUCUGCCUUCACGACCACCUCCUCCAAGUGGAGGUCCUCCACCAAGACCUCCUCCACCGUCCUUGCACAGUCGGCCUUCCCUCAAGAAGUCUCAGGAGUCUGUGAGGUCAUGUGGGCUUGAAGGUAGAGAUCAUGUGAGUCUGGUCAGCAUUGAUACUCUGGAGCCAUCUGGCCUGCUGUCUCCCAGCAGCACAGUGAGGAGUCUAACAAAAGAACCACAGCAUUCUCUCGAUCUGGCCAGUGCCACCAGUGGAGACAAGGUCGUGACUGCACAGGAUAAUGAAGAAGAACAAGCAUCAUCUCACACUGGAGAACAUACUUCAGGACCGCAACGUCCACGUUCAAACUCUGGUAGAGAGCUGACAGAUGAAGAAAUCCUGGCCAGUGUGAUGAUCAAGAAUUUGGACACUGGGGAAGAGAUCCCUUUAAUCCAGGCGGAAGAAAAACUUCCUGCUGGGAUUAAUCCUCUCACUCUCCACAUCAUGAGGAGGACCAAAGAAUACAUUACCAAUGAUGCCGCACAGUCAGAUGAUGAUGACAAAUCACAGGCAUCUCUAACCGACACAGAUGGAGGAAAACUGAAACAGAAAACAACACAGUUGAAGAAAUUCCUCGGUAAGUCUGUGAAGAAAGCCAAACAUCUUGCUGAGGAAUAUGGAGAAAAGGCUGUGAACAAAGUGAAAAGUGUGCGUGAUGAAGUGUUUCACACAGACCCAGAUGAUCCAUCAUCAAGUGAUGACGAGGGCAUGCCUUACACCAGGCCUGCCAAGUUCAAAGCAGCACAUAGCUUCAAGGGGCCCUUUGACUUUGAUGAAAUUAAGGUUGUGCAGGACCUGAGUGGAGAACACAUGGGAGCCGUGUGGACCAUGAAGUUCUCUCACUGUGGGAGGCUGCUGGCAACUGCAGGCCAAGAUAAUGUGGUUUACAUCUGGGUCCUAAAGGCUGCCUUUGACUAUUUCAACAACAUGAGAUUAAAGUACAACACUGAAGGUCGAGUAUCACCUUCUCCUUCUCAGGAAAGUUUGUGCUCCUGUAAAUCAGACACGGAUCCUGGGGCAAGCUGUGUUCCAGAGGACCCAGACACGGAAGAUAGGAAUGCUCCUUUCCGCCAAGUCCCUUUCUGCAAGUAUAAAGGUCACACAGCUGACCUUUUGGACUUGUCCUGGUCAAAGAACUUUUUCCUGCUCUCAUCUUCCAUGGACAAGACGGUCCGAUUAUGGCACAUAUCCCGGAGGGAGUGCCUCUGCUGCUUUCAGCACAUUGAUUUUGUCACGGCCAUUGCAUUCCAUCCCAGAGAUGAUAGAUACUUUCUAAGCGGAUCAUUGGAUGGAAAGCUGCGCCUUUGGAAUAUUCCAGAUAAGAAGGUGGCACUGUGGAAUGAGGUUGACGGCCAAACACGUCUCAUUACUGCUGCAAACUUUUGCCAAAAUGGAAAGUAUGCCGUUAUUGGCACUUACGAUGGCCGAUGCAUCUUCUACGACACAGAGCGUCUGAAAUACCACACCCAGAUCCAUGUGAGAUCCACCAGGGGUAGGAACAAAGUCGGACGUAAAAUCACUGGCAUUGAGCCCCUGCCGGGAGAAAAUAAGAUUCUGGUGACAUCCAAUGAUUCCCGCAUUCGCUUGUAUGACCUGAGGGAUCUGUCUCUGUCCAUGAAAUACAAGGGUUAUGUGAACAGCAGCAGCCAGAUCAAAGCAAGCUUCAGUCAUGACUAUGCCUUCAUCGUUAGUGGCUCAGAGGAUAAGUACAUAUAUAUCUGGAGCACGUACCACGACCUGAGCAAAUUCACAUCUGUACGACGGGACCGAAAUGACUUCUGGGAAGGGAUCAAAGCGCACAAUGCAGUUGUCACAUCAGCUGUUUUUGCACCACAUCCUGGUCUUAUUGUUCCACAAGAGACCGGGGCAGAGAAACCAGAAGCAGAGUGCAAGAGUCUGGACUCCACAGAUUCUGAAACCAUCCCCUCAGGAGCCCUGAAGACGGAUCACACAGAGGUUUUACUCUCUGCUGACUUCACUGGAGCCAUCAAGGUUUUCAUCAACAUUAAAAAGUACUGAGCUCUUCAUCACACUCGUCCGCGGAAGUCCUCCUGGAAUGCAGCCUGUCAAGGGCUGGCUGCUUUCUGCAGGGCUUUUCUUUUUUUUUUUUUUUUCCUUUUCAAUGAUCUUGAAAUAGAAAAAGAUUAAGUGGAAGAAAUGGACUGUACAGCACAGACAUGAUGAGAUUUCCCUGUUUGUUUUUAUUUUUAAUACCAAGUUUGGUAUUACAAUGUUGAUCGAGAAUCACAAAUACCACGUGUAUUUAAACAGAAGCUGUUUAGCAGAUUUGUACCUGUGAACUUUCAUUUCAGUGGUCAAGACCAGUGUUUGAAG